AUUAAAUGUUGAUCUAAUUGUUUAAAAAAAAAAUAUGAAACAAUUAUAUUUUUUAUUUUCAUUAUACAUUUUUGUCACGAUUUUUUCGCAAUCUUCUACUCAUAAUCUUAAAUGCAGUCCAAACUUUUGUGAAAAAUAUGUAGAUACGCAUUCAUGCAAUAUUAUGUCGGAUGCAUGCGAUGAUUUAAAAGGAGAAUAUUUUGCUGGUGAAGGGCCUUGUGGAUGCUGUAAAAUUUGUAUGAAAUAUUUAGCUGAGAAUGAAUUUUGUACCAUUGGUUCUCCAGAAACCCCACCGCCAAUGAUGAUGUGUGGUCCAGGGCUGUCAUGUCAGUCCGAAGAUAAUCGUUGCAAAUUAAUGAACACAGAUUGUUUCAAUGAAUGGAAACGUUAUAAUGAAACAAUCAAAGAAGGUAAACCAUUGAAAUAUGUUGAAAAACCAGUUUGCAAUGGCGAUGGAAAAUAUGGACCAAUUAAAUGUAAUGUUAAUCAAACAUGUUUUUGUGUCGAUGAAGAUGGAACUAGAAUAUUUGGAGAAGCAAUUUAUACAGAAUCAACAAAAUUUUCAAUGAAUUGUGAAUGUUCACGUGCCAAUAAAAAAUUUAACGAUAUGAUUAAAUUUAAAUAUCCUGUUUUAAAAGCUAGAUGCCUUGGUGACGGUAGUUAUGAUCCUUUACAAUGUUUAAACGAAAAUUGUACUUGUAUUGAAAGAGAAAGUGGAUCAAUAAUUAAUGAUAGAAUUUAUAAUUUAACUGAAAUCUCUUAUCAAAAUUUACCAUGUUAUAAUCGAAAUUGGCACACAGAUUGGAAAUAUCAUCAUGACUGCGAAGAAAUAAUAAUGGAUUUUUUAAAUAAAAUACAUUCAUCUUUAUCUAAAAAUAUUAAACCAUUUGAUAUGAUUGUAAAAGAAUGCCAACCAGAUGGAUGGUUUAAUUCAUUUAAUGAAAAUUCAACAUCAAAAUUUUGUGUAGAUAAAUUUAAUAGAAUUAUAGAAAAUUAUUCGGUUCCAAAAAAUUCUAAAGAAGCAGAAUCUAUGAAUUGUAAAUGUGCUCGUACUCAAGAUCUAUUAAAAAGAAACAAAAAAGAAAUUCCUGAGUGUUGUCCAAACGGAAACUUUAAAGAGUUGCAAUGUCGGAAAGUCAAUGAUGAAAAAAGAGAAUGCUAUUGUGUUGAUGAAAAUGGUUUACAAAUUGAAAAAGAAGUAUUAGAAGACAAAAUUGCAACUUUAUCUUGUCAUGAUGCAAAAUGUUGAUAAAACUUAUAAAAUGCAGAAAUAAUAUAAAAAUAAUCAAAUUAAAUAUGUGCAAUAUGAAUUGAUUAAAUAAAGUGCAAUCAUUUAGGAAAAAAAAAUUUUCAAAUCAAAUGGAAUAAAAAAGAUUUAGAAACCUUUCAUUAAUUAUGUUUAUAUCAACACUUAGU